UGUUUGUUCAUUCAUGUGGAUUUUGUUUUUUUUUUUUAUUUGAUUGAUUCUAAUUUGAAAUUUUCGAUAAUGGAUCAAUUAGCAAUGACAAGAUUGUCUGAAGAACGAAAAUCAUGGCGCAAGGAUCAUCCAUACGGUUUUGAAGCUAAACCUGUUAAAAAUCCCGAUGGAAGUCUUAAUCUAAUGAUAUGGAAUUGUUCGAUACCAGGAAAACCGGAUACACCAUGGGAAAAUGGAAAAUUUAAAUUGAAAAUUAAAUUCAAUACUGGUUAUCCAUUGAAACCACCCGUUUGUCAAUUUGAUCCACCAAUAUUUCAUCCAAACAUUUGGUUGGAUGGUCAAGUUUGUCUUUCCAUAUUGAAUCCAGAAAAUGGUUGGCGUCCAUCAACAACCAUACGUGAAAUUCUGAUUGGCAUACAAGAUUUAUUAAACGAACCGAAUAUCUAUGAUCCAGCUAAUUUAUUAGCAUAUGAAGUAUAUGUUAAAAACAAACAAAAUUAUAUCGAACAGAUUAUUGAACAAGCGAAAAAAUUUAUAGCCACCGAUUGAUUGAUUGAUUGAUUGUGAUUCAUUUGUUUUUUUCUUCGAAAAAAAAAUUUGUAUUACCCAUAUUAUUACAUGUAAAAAUGAAAAUAUGAUGCAAUGUAAAUAAAAUUCACAUAUCACAAUUGUGAUCCAUUACAAUUUUUUUGAUGAUCAAAUUGUCGUGGCAAUUGAGAUAUAAACACAUA